GUAGGUGCUCCCGCGGUACUUGCUUCCAUUGUAAGUUAUAAGAUAUUCAAGUGGGCCUGGUGGGUUUCUCCAAAGGCUCUCGUUGCCUCCCUUUCCCUUUCUUCCCUUUUGCCUAGAACGUGACUCAACGUUUGAGUGCUCUCUCCGUUCUGUUCUUGGGCGAAUACUUACGUCAGACGCCGUGUCAACCAGGUACCCAAAGCUAGCUCCUCAUCUCUUUGAGUCGACACUUCCGCCUUUCCACACUCGCCCUCUUUUCUGACAGCCCUGUCAUCGAAUUACGUGGACACUGGUAGAUUUAACAGUUUCUGACAAUCAAAUCACCAGCUCAAAGAUGACGGACGUGGAAAUGAAAGAAGCGGCCGGAAGCUCCGACAAGGCCAAGGCUGUGUCGAAGGCUUCAGAAGGCACCAGUGACGGCAAGAAGCGGUUUGAAGUCAAAAAGUGGAAUGCGGUGGCACUUUGGGCCUGGGAUAUUGUCGUGGACAACUGUGCGAUUUGCCGGAACCAUAUCAUGGAUCUAUGCAUCGAAUGCCAGGCAAACCAGGGCUCCUCUACAACCGAAGAGUGUACUGUUGCGUGGGGUAUCUGCAACCAUGCGUUCCAUUUCCAUUGCAUAUCUCGCUGGCUGAAGACCCGUCAAGUGUGCCCACUGGACAACCGGGAUUGGGAAUUCCAAAAAUACGGCCGCUAAAAACACCGAGCGAAGCUCUCCUUUCAGGGUGGCUAUGCGACAUCCGCGUGGACUCUGAAGGCAAGCGGAUAAUGACUGGGCCGGCGUUCGAGGCUUUCUUUCUUUUUGUUCUUUGUUCAUGUUCUACAGGAAUUUCACUCCAUGAUCUGAGUCGUAUAGAUGAAAACGGACUGGGGUAGUGCUUCCCGCGCAGAGUUUCAUUCUUUGGAUAAUUGGGACAAAUGAUCCGAUCCGCAUCUCAUGCAACUCUCACCCCGUCUACCACCACUCCUGCCCCGCGAGAGCCACUCGCCAGCGGGACGUGCCAUUUCACGGGGUUCUUAUUGUACAUAGGCCAAGGAGGAAUGACCGCCAACCCGGUCACCACGGUACCUGCCAGACCAGCCCAAAGCGUAAGGUGAAUAUCCUGGUAGAUGUAACCGGCAACGAACGCAAUGGCCUUUAGAGACAACAAGUAUAAGCAGCCUGUUUAGUUACGUGGAGAUAGG